AUGCCGAACUCCACUUCAACCUUGCCUCUAAAGGAUACCCCGAUGACAGACGUCGAUAAUAAUAAAAGUCAACCUGUGGUCAUUCGAGAUGAGCCCUGCGUUGCUGUUUCAAACGCGAAUCUCACCGAACAUGUUGAUACAAUCAUUUUCCAGGAGCUCCUCAUCGCUGGAACCACCAACCCUUUGAAGCAACUAUCUCGAGACCCAGAGCAUUUGGAAAGGAUGAGCUCGGCUACUGCCAUUCAGCGAUUGAUCUGGACUCCCAUUGCCAAAUGGCACGAUCUCAAGAAGCUGAGCAAACACAACGCAGGACUUCGCGUCGCAUUCCUCAAAGAAAACGCUGCUCUCCUCUGCAACUUCGUCAUCAAAACCCGGUAUCCCGAACAAGCAAUGUAUCUCGGCCUGGAUCCCUCAGCUUCUCUCUCGUCGAAAUGGUUGACGCCCAGCGGCCCUCAACUUGCGAGUCUCCGCAAUAGCGAGCAUAAAUGGUGGUCGCUGGUCAUACACUCUCAAGGCCUUACAGGAACUGAGCAUCUUUAUGAACCUGGCGUGAGCUUCAUGGAACCAGGGCCAGCGCUUCUGUUUGGCUUGGAGAUGGGCAUAGUGAUGAUUAUAAAGGAUGUGGAAACUGGAGUGUCAGCUGGUGCUAUUCGGGAGGAUGUUGUCAUUGCGUGUCUCUCUGCGCUGACAAGACCUUGGUACGUGAAGCCAAAGGCACAUGGAAAAAUUUUUACUCCAAGAUUGGAAUCGGGAGCUAUCACUUGGUAUUAUGAUCAAGAUCCUUCGGGUAGGGAGGGCUCAGUGAAGAGAUUGCAGGAGAUACUGGACAGGGCCGAGGAUCGGGAGCACAUGAAUUUCGAGGGCAAGGAAUUCAAAUGA